AUGUUCAGUAGUCAUCAAGGCUAUCGUGGAAAAGCAACUUGGGGUGGUGCUACAAUCGGAUCGAUGAAUCAUUUUUGCCCAUGGCUCCGGCUCCGGCUCCGGCUCCGAAGAAUUUCCGGCUUGGCAUUGCCUGCGUCGCGCGGUCAGCUCAUCACGUUCCAGCCAUCCUUCACUCUCACAAACGCCCAUCCCCCGAUUUGUAUCUUCUCUCAGCCAGCCCUCAACAUCCCCUCUCCAUGGGCAUGCCUUACACUUCAUUUCACUGCAGUUCACAUCGCCAUUUCUAUUGAUUAUCUUGAGCGUUCGCUGCGCUCUCACGCCAUGGCCGAUAGGUCGCGAUCUGAGGUAAUCAUGGCAAACCCCAUUGGCAAAGGACUCGAUACCUUUCGCGUCUCUUUCGAAUACAAAUGCAAAGACCUAGCUAUCACAGGCGCUGAUGCGCUGCAUCAUCUUAGUGGCGAAGGACAAAAAAAUUCCCUCCUUGACCUUAUAUCGGCUUUGCUGGUUUGCCCUGCAUCUCGUCUGCUGCCUGCAAAGGGCAAUAACGUAAACCUAUUCGGUGAUCUGUUGGAGCUGAACACGGCAGUCAACGCUGGCAACUUCGACAUUAAGCAUAUCCUACCGCUCCUCAGAGCAGUCCUCAACAACGAGCCCGAUGAAGCCAUAUGGGACAAUGUCUACGCCGCCGUCGCCGCGUCCACAGCUUUCACAGUCGCCAUACCCACGACUCCUCCGCUGUCCGCCCCGUCCCUCGCCGCCUCCUUCCCGCAGACGCCAUGGUUGCGCAAUACGAGCAGCUUCGCAAACUCGACGGAACACCGCAAAUACGUAGACGACGUGCUGAAGGAGGAGUUGGGCACUAUGUAUGCUGGGGUUCCUGGUUUGUUUGAGGCCUUUUUUGGCGAAAUCGCAAGCCUUGAACUGGCAGCACAGGCUGUACUCGAAAGAUGCAAAGCCGGGGAUAAUCCGCUCUAUCUGGAGGGGAGCGGGUGGCAAGGUUGGCCUGAAAGCGCAAAGGAAAGAGAUGUUCUGCGCUGGUUCGCGGAGCUUACGGACCAGUUUUUGGGCUUUGCGGAAGAACACAGGCCGGCCCCCAGGCCUCAACGACGACCGCUGGCACAGCCGCAUCAGCCCUUACAAGGCUCUACAGCCGACCGUAAGCUAGAUAUUGGCUUUGUGGAUGACUUGAACGCUGGCGUGGACUCGAAAUGUCACUGGAAACAGAUCCUUAUACCAGGAGAGCUCAAGAGCAACCCAUCAGCCGACAUAGCCUCUAAAGCAUGGCUCGACUUAGGACGAUAUGCAAGGGAGGUAUUUGCUGCUCAAGAUGACCGCCGCUUCGUCCUCGGCUUUACAUUGUGUGGAUCGCGCAUGCGGCUGUGGCUAUUUGAUCGUCUGGGGGCCAUUGCAUCCGAACCAUUUGAUGUCAACGACAAUGGGCUGCAGUUUGUAUCAGUUGUGCUUGGGUUUCUGUGGCUAAACGAAGAGCAGCUUGGAUUCGAUCCUACUAUUAUUACUAAAGAGGGCAAGCGAUACAUCGAGAUUGAACGGAAAGGCUGCAUUGAACGUCUCGUUAUCGAUAAGGUAAUAAAUCGGUCACCUUGUAUCGCCGGUCGGGCGACAACCUGCUGGAAAGCUCAUCGCGAAGGAGACAAUUCGCGAACACCUCUAGUCAUCAAAGACUCGUGGCAGUAUCCAGAACGUGAGGAGGAGGGAGAGCUGCUGCGCAAUGCAGCUGAGAAAGGUGUGAUUAAUGUCGCGAGAUACUAUCAUCAUGAGACGGUCUGUGUGGGUGGUCAGAACGACGACAUCCUCAUGAACGUGCGACGAGGUCUGGAUAUAACGAAAGCGAAGAACUACAGGCCAGAAAGCUCGAUGCCGCCUCCAAGCAUGGCUGGACGUCGCAUUCCACGAACAGGGCGAAGCAGCAGCGCUGGGAGGAAGCGGUCCUCAAGCUGCACAGACGCACUGUUACCACCCAGCAAGCGAACUUGUUCGAGCUCUCCAGUCAAAGGUGGAAGGGGAACAGCAAAUCGAGUGCGUCGUCGCACCAUCGUUUCUGAUUACGGGCUGCCUAUCUAUUCGGCGAGCUCGCCAUCAAAGCUGCUCGCCGCGCUGGAAGCCUGCAUUGAGGGAUAUGAGUCAUUGCACACAAGAGACGGCAGGUUGCAAGGCGACAUCUCACCGAACAACCUUAGGAUCAACGAAGACGAGAGGAACCCUUCGUGGCCUGCAUUUAUAAUUGAUCUUGAUCUCGCGAUCAAGGAACAGCGCGAGAAGGCUUCUGGAGUGCGUAGUAAGACCGGCACACGAGCGUUCAUGGCAAUUGGCGUACUACUAGAUGACGAAAACCACUCGUUUAUGCACGACCUCGAAUCGUUUUUCUGGGUGCUCUUCUGGAUAUGCAUUCAUUAUGAUGGGCCAGGCAAAGACAUUGGCCCCACUGAGUUCGAGUGCUGGAACUACGAGGGCAAUAGAAAGUUAGCGGAGCUUAAAAAAGGCCUAAUAUCCGACGAGAAGGAUUUUUUACAGACUAUAGAGACUAAGUUCACAUCCCACUACAAAUCACUAGUUCCUUGCGCCAAUAGAUUACGAAGGAAGGUAUUCCCUAAUGGAGGGAGAUGGAGAGAUCCAAACCAGAGGCUGUACAUCGAGAUGAAGGAGAUACUCCACGCCGCGCAAAACGAGCUGAAAGGAUAG